UAAGAGUUGAAUCGCCCUAAACGUUAGUACUUAAAACGCAAUAAGUCGAAGGCGGUAGAUUAAGUCUUCGAGACUCUAAAUAAAAGAAAAUCCACAAAACCAUUAUUAGGAAAUCAUAACCAAACUAAAACGCACCAAUUUCAAAUUUCCAUCUCUUCCGCGCGCUCUGCGGGAAUAAAAUCAGCCGUCGCGUCGUCGUAGCCAAGGAUAGUUCAUCCAUCCAAUCCAAUCCAACCAACCGUAGUCCGUACCUAUACCUACCUAAAUAUGACUCCAGUGUGCUAAUUUUACAAGCUGAUCACUAUUUAUAUUUUAUUUUAAUUUUAUUUAUGUCUUAUACCGAUGAUAUGAUCGAUUCGGAAGCGGGAGCGGGAGUGCGAGGCAUGUGUGCGAAUAAAAUCAAAUCUGAAACUCACAAAGUGAUAUAAAAAAAAACUUAUCAAAGUCCAAACAAGUUCCUUAGCAAAACAAAAUAAAAAUGAUAACAUUAUUAUAAAAUUGCUUAAGAACAAGAAACGAAAAACUAAAAUUUUCAAAAUAAUAUAAAGAACAAACAUAAUUUAAUCAAAAAUGGAUAUCAAAAGAAACUAUUUGUCCAACGCUUUCCAUUUAGCAGUUUUGAAAACAAUAGAGGAAACAACAACAGGAAGCUAUAGAGAGUCGAAAAUUGUGAAUUCAAUAUUUAUGCAAUAAUAAUGUUCUUAUAAAUUUUAAAGACAACACAAAAAACAUUUCGAAAAUCAGUUAGUUUUAGAAAAAAAAUGCAAGUAGCAACAUUAUUUGGAGGUAAUGUUACAUCUUUAGCAUCAACAAUAACAAGCACUAUGGAUAUAUCAUCAUCAUCACCAGCAACAGCACCAACCAAAUCUGUGUUAGCUUCAAUAGAAGCAAAAGACGAGGAUAACAUAACAAAAAUGUCAACCAAAGAUACACCAUCAUUAACUCCUAAUGGUGAACAUUUGCUAUCAUCAAUAUCGUCACCAUCAAUUCCAUCCUUGUACAAUGUAUCUUCGUUGGCGAAUUUAGCUUCAAGCGCUUUAGUAGAAAACGAACAAAAUCUUAAAUCUCAACAAUUCGAAGAAAGCAAGAAAGGUAUGGACGAUAGUAAAAAAGCUGAACCUGAAGAAGCUAGCGUUGGCUUAGAAACUGCAGCAACAACAGAAACAGCUAAGCAAACAGGAAAAACAAUAGAAGCAGACACAAUAGAAGCAACAAAAACAAUAGUAGCAACGGAAACAACAGUAGAAACAGCAGCAUCAUCACUAAUUAAAACAAAAGAAAUGGAAGGAGAAGGAGAAAAUAAACAAGAUAAGGUUAUACCUAUGGAAGAAGACAUCUCCUCGACAAAUGAAAAUGAUUUUGCGAUACUUCCCAAUAUUGUUUGUGACAAUCCAGCUGAAACGAAUAUUAUGGUUAAUUUAGAUAAUAAAAAAUCCCUCUCACCUUACGAUUGUCCUUCUAUAACUGUGUCUGCAUCUGCGUCUGUUAAUGUCCCCGAAUCGCUUUCGCCAACAUCAUUUGAUUUUAAUGACCCUAAAAAUCAAAAUAAAGUAAUGUCCCCCUCAAGUGGCUCUUCCUCUUCUUCUCCUUCCUGCUCCUUAACUUCUUUAUCACCCUCUCCAGCGUGUCUAGAAAUUCAUAACUUUAAUGCUUGUGCAACUAGUAACAAGGAGUCUUCGGCUAGUCAUGCCACAACAUUACUCUUUGAUGAAGCAUUUAUGCAACACGAACAAACACAACAACAGCAACAAGCAUUGCCUGAAAGCAGUCAACUACAAAAUAAGGAAAACCCUUCCUCAACAAAUCCAUCUAACAAUAUUAGAGAAACAAAUGGUUGUGUCACCAGUAAUUUAAGUGAUAUGAAUAAUUUAGAAGCUGAGAAUUUAGUAAUUCAUCAUAACAAUGAUGAUCAUUCAAACAAUAGUAAUAAUAAUAUGACAACAGAUAAAGAAACACCCUUUAACAGUCCCCAAAAUCAAAUUGAAAGAUUGAUGCAACAACAACCAGAGGAUGAAAGGCGACAAAUGGAUGGUAUAGAAGAAGGACCGCUUUCACACAAUCAACAGAUUGAAUUUGAACAUCAACAAAUUCAACAACAUCAACACCAGCAGCAGCAGCAACAUCAACAACAGCACCAGAUACAAUCUCAACAACAUCACCAGCAACAGCAGCAACAGGUGAAUCAACAACAAACUGAACAAGAAGAAGAACAACAAAGAGAAAGUGCUGCCAAUGAUAACGAUAAACUUAAUCCUUAUUCUCACGCUAAUCAAUAUCAUGAAUGCCAUCGCAACGAUCUCAAUGUCGACGAUAUAUCUCAAAGAAAUAUUCGCGACCAGCAUAUCUCUCAACAAAACUCGAUGGAAACCAGUAAUGUUGUUGAUGAUUAUAAAUUACAACACGUUCCAGAAAAUUUGGAAAUGCUAAAUCAAAUGGACCACCAGCAGCACCAAUAUCAACACCAACAUCAUCUUAGCCAAAAUCAGCAUAACAUGAUGCAAAACCAACAUGCGCAACAACUUUAUUUACACCAUCAAGAUCAACAACACAUGAUGCAUCAUCAUCAGCAGCAACAUCAUCUUCAACAACAACAGCAGCAGCAGCAUCAUCUUCAACAACAACAACAACAACAUCAACACCACCAUCAUUCAGAAUUAAUGGCAUAUUUGCAUCAUCAAGAUCAACAGAACAUGCAACAGCCACAUCUUAUUCGAACAUAUCAAACUUAUCAACAACAACAACACCGGAUGCAUCAAUUACAUCAGCAUCCGCAGCCUCAAUCUCCGCAUCAUCAACCAAAGAAUACAUCGAUGACUUGCAUUGACGAUCUGAUGAUUGACGAAUUGCACGAAGAUCCCAAUAAUAGAUACAAACUGCUCUCUCCGACGGUGAAACACGAAAGUCAAGACGAUGGUUAUGAAACUAGCGCUGGUGAUGUCCUAACACCCAACUCACACACAUCAUCACAACAUUCAAUGACGCCCCAACAUCAAAUGCAUUCAUCGAAUUUGAUCCCGCCUAAAUGUGAAGACUUACAGUCUACUGCCGCCCAUAAUCAUUCAGAACCAGAUCCCUAUAAUUUUAUUGAUGACGAAAUGAAUUCAAACAUGCGCAUGAUGUCACCAUCUUCAAGUAAUGGUCUAUCGAUGGUAUUGCGUCAACAAAAUUAUGAAAGCCCCCCCGAAUCAAAUAGGCUUCAUAUGGAGGAUAAUAGUCAAGUUCCAAUGAAUAUGGUCAAUCCACAACAACAACAACAGAUGAUUGACUCUCGAAUGCAGGUUGCACAAUCACAUGUUGAUAGUGCAGACAUUGACAUGGCAUCUGCAAAUAACGGUUGCUUAAAUAAUAUGGCGGUACCAAAAAAACGUGGACGUAAGAAAAAAGGCCCCGAAGAAAUUACACCAUCAGUGAGAACGAUGGUCGACGGGAUACUUAAGCCUAUCAUGCCAAAAGAGCGAAAAAAGCAUGAUCGAUUCAAUGGCAUGCCCGAAGAGGAGGUUUCUAAAAGAACUCUACCUGACCAUUUAGCAGAUAAUUUAGACAUAAUUAUCAUUGGAAUCAAUCCUGGGUUGUUUGCUGCUUACAAAGGCCACCAUUAUGCCGGACCGGGAAAUCAUUUUUGGAAAUGUCUUUACUUAUCUGGUCUUACCCAUGAACAAAUGACCGCUGAAGAAGAUUAUAAGCUACUUAAGUUUGGAAUUGGAUUCACAAAUAUGGUGGAACGGGCAACAAAGGGUUCAGCUGAUUUGACCAGAAAGGAAAUCAAAGAAGGCAGUCGUAUUUUAUUAGAUAAAUUAAAACGCUUUCGGCCAAAAAUUGCAGUUUUCAAUGGCAAAUUAAUAUUUGAAGUUUUUUCGGGUAAAAAGGAUUUCAAUUUUGGCCGGCAGCAAGAAUGUGUCGAAGGCACAGAUACGUAUAUGUGGGUUAUGCCUUCAUCUUCAGCUCGUUGUGCUCAACUGCCUCGUGCGGCUGAUAAAGUACCAUUUUAUGCAGCCUUAAAAAAAUUUCGUGAUUAUUUGAACGGACUUAUUCCACAUAUUGAUGAUAUUGAAUGUGUUUUCAAUGACCAAAAAUCGAAACAGUGCUGUGAGUCUGAAUCGAUGAGGGGAACCGGAAAUCCACCAUCACCUAAUAUUGGUGGUGGUGGAUCAACUUUCUUAUCCCCAGAUUGUUUGAAUAACGAAAAUCUUAAUUUAAGCUAUAACAAUAGCAAUAGUAGCACCCCAGAACGAAUGAGUAUCCCGGAUGGGAGUUCGAAUCUCAACAAAAACAAUGUUAUGAAUAUCAUGCAUAAAGGUUCUCCAAUGGAUUCAUUGAUUGGCAGUGGUGAUAAUGGAAUUGGUGGCUGUGGUAUGGCUGUUACGUCUAAUAUGAACGGACCAACAAAUGCGACAAACCUUUGCAAUAGCGUUAUGCAUAUGUCGUGUAUAAUGGACCAGUCUGGGCAACAGCAACAGCAGCCGGAGAAGAAAAAACGUGGAAGACCAAAAAAAAUAAAAGGAAUAGAUGGUGAAGAGGGUCCACUACCUCAAAAAGUCCGCAAUUCAAACUCAAUGACUAAUAAUAACACGAAUAAUAAUAAUAAUAACAACAUAUUGAAUUUAACGCUGAUGGGUGACAAUGGCGAAAUGCCCAAAAAAAAGAGAGGUCGACCAAAAAAAAUAAAAUCCGAUAUUGGUGUCAAUCUAAGCCAUGUUGGGGCAAACUUAGCCACAACAAAUAAUAAUAAUUGCAAUAGUAAUAGUGGUAACAUCUCAGCAAUCAAUAACAACAAUAAUUCAAUGGACAACAGCAACUCGAGUAUUCAUAAUGCGCUAGUUAAUAAAACUGAUAUAUGUGCGCACCGCAACAGUCCCAGUGGUUUAGGGAAUCAUCAAAUGUUAUCUAUUAAUAAUAGCAACCAUUUCAAUAGCCAAUCGAUGCCGCAGCAUCAGCAGCAGCAACAACAACAACAACAUCAAUCAUUGCAGAAUCAAAGACUGUUCACCUCUCCUAUGCAUUCGCCGAACACUGUUAGUUCCUAUUGUCCGAUGGGCAUAAAUGCUUCAACUACUCCUCCAAUCGGAAAUAAUACAAACUCCCCGAAUAAUCCUUCAAAUUUAGUAAACAACGGACCAGGGCAGGGUUAUCACCAACAUCAACAGCAUGCAAAUUCCCACCACCUGCAAGCGCAACAGCAGCACAAUCAUAAUGUACAACAGCAUGUACAACAUCAGCUUCAUAUACCAUCCUUAAUUUAUAUGCAUUCGCCAAAUCAUAACCCGCAACAGUCAUCUAAAUCUCCACACUAUGGUUCAUCGCAUUCAGACUUAUCUACUGAAAUAUCGGCGGCCAUUUCCUCGGACCAUUUAGCUGAAUCACAAUCGGCAUCUUCGCCAGCAAUGGUAGGUGCAGUUGAUUAUGAUCGCCCCGAUAGUAUACCAAACGAAGAACACAGUGCCCAUGACCUACGUUUUACUAGCCCAACUCCAAAUUCUGGGGACCAACAACAACAAGGUGGCGGUGGAAGUAUAUCAGCACACCAACACUAUCACAAUUUGUACCAGAAUUCAGGUUCUAAUCAAUCCUACCUCUCCGGCAAUACAAUUAGCAAUUCACCUGGUGAAGCUGCUGCAAAUAAAAGUAAUGAUAAUGAGAAUGUUAAUUACAUUGCGUCCAGUCGACCAAAUACGUCCAAUAGCAACAAUAGUACUCCACAGCCUGCACAAAAUGCACAACAGACACAACAAAAGCGAAAUAUGCAAAUAUCCGAUGUGACAUCAAAAAGCUUAUCAGGACUAGAAUCUUUGGUCGAUCAAAUACCUACAAUAGCGGAUAAUGAUUCUGCAAAUAAUUCUAUAAAUAGUUCGGUUGUAGGCAUAAAAACGGAUUCCAAUGAGGAUUUUCCAUCGCCAUCAUCAGGCGGCAGCGGUGCAGGGAGUUCGAAUUCCGGUGGAUUAGGAUGCGUGUACAUGCCAUCGUAUUCAAAUCUUAACUCAUCUACUUCUUCAUCGCCAUCAGCAGUACUAAUUGCAACACCACAACCUUCGAAUAGCUCCAUUCUGCAUUCACCUCACCACUACCCAGAUCCAAUUUAUUCUACGGCAAAUACAUGUCCUUCCUCCACAAACUCCAACAAUAAUAGCAUAAACAACUACAAUAGCAUAGCAAGCAACUUUUCCGUUUCUAGUUUGACGUCAAAUAACUAUUCAUCUAACUCAUAUCACAGCAACCUGAUGGCUGCUGCAGCAGCUUCCUCCCCACAUCAUAUCACUUCCUCCGCAUCUGGAAGCCCCAUGUACAUGGAUCCACAUAUGGCUGUUAGCCCUAUCUAUCAUCACCCGUACUCCCAACACGCCGGAUACGGUGCAUAUAGCCCAGUUGGCCAUCCUCCACCUCCGCCGCAUACAUUACACAUGCCUAGCCCCAAUUAUCCCUACGCAUAUCCAAACACACCCGGCUAUCCUAGCCAGGCAGGUCAUCAUCCAAGUCACUCCUCCCCAGCUGGUUACCUAACAAACCAUCCAUCCAUGUUCGAUCGAAUUAAACCUGAUAUUGGGUAUGGCGGAUAUUGAAACAAAAUAUUUAUUCAAGCAAUGUAGGUACAUAUAUAUUUUUUAAAUAUUCAAUACAUACAUAGAUUUUUUAACCAUCUUCCUGUCAUAAAUGUUUUAUGAGAAUAUAAUAUCUGGCUCAUAAGGCAAAAGCUCUUAAGUCGACGUAAGUGGUUUUAGCUAUUAUUUAUAUUCUGUCCAAACUAUCCUUCAUUCUUACCCUCGUUGAUAAUUAUUAAAAGUUAAUUUCUUCUAUGUAAAAUAACUUACAAGAUUCACAGUUGAAAUUUAACUUUUUGACAAAACUAUGGAAAUAGACUUAAAACCUUUUGCCCUUUGAACACAGAUAUAUUGAUGUACAUAGAUGGGUUGGUAAACAAACUGUUUUCGUAUAAAAAAAAAAUAAAAUAUCAUAUACUGAAUGCCAAACUAAGUUCUAGCUCAUUAUGUAGCAUUAAAGAAUAACCUUUAUCCGUCUAUAUAUAUAAAAAUAAAAACAAAAAUAUGUAAAAAAAAUUAAGCAAGAAAUGUAUAAGAAACACAAAUAAAAUAUGGACGCAACAGGUUGCGCUGGUUAAAUGGUUCCUAAGGUUCUCAUAGUAACACACACAAAUAAAUCGUCAUAAUAGAAACUUAAUAAGCAUUUACUUUUGUUCUGUAUUAAUCAUAUAAUAUUAUUUCUUUUAUUUGAGCCUGUUUUAAAUAAUGACUGUUGAGCUAGUUGAAAUAGAAGAAAUCUUUACUUACUACGUUUGAGUAAACGACGAAUGGUUUUACCCUAAUAAUUAGGUGUGCCCUUCAUGACCUGUAAAUUUCUAUACAUUUUAGUCCAAUUGAGCUUCCAUUAGCAGACAAAUACGUCGGAGAAAACGCCUUUGAUAAAUACGAAAACGGUCUGGCCCUGAUACCAAAGUUCGCACAAAGUUUUUAUUUAUUCAAGCUUCAGCAACACACUCAAUGAGUAAUACACAAUUGUGGUAAAAUCAAAGCAUAGGGGUUGCUUAAAGUUCAUGUGAAGAUCCUUUCCUUCGAAGAAACAUUAACCACAGGAAAUUUUAUUCUUGCUCUUUAAAGGUUUUUUUUUUAUUCAACAAAUCUGAAUUCUAUAGUCUCAUUUUAAAUUUUAAAGUUUAUAAUUUUUUGUCGAAUUUGAGACUUUUUCUAGUCGCUAUAUUCUCGUUGUGAUAUGCAUAAAUUUACUCUAACGAUUAAAGUUAUCUCAAAUGCGAUCUUCCAUGUUACACUCUGCAUAAGUUUCUAUAAAUUCAUGACUGCUUUAAUAUUUUUGACCGAACUGACAGAGAUAACGGUUUUCAGUUUUGUGUGAAUAGUAUUUGCAAAUUGUAUAAAGUUUGUAAUUCUAUUUCCACCCUUACGUAAUGUUGCAUUUCUGGGGGAAUACUGCAAUCCAAAGACUUAAUUAAGAAAUUAUAUUCAAACAUUAUUCUUAAGGGCCCAAGGUGAUUUUUUUCGACGAUAUCAAGCAAUGUAUCAAAUUUAAGUUCUUCGUAAAACUACCUUUUUAAGAAAUUCUUCCAAACAAUAUUAAGGUCCAUUUUCUUAAACGAAUUUUAAAUGUUAAACUAUUACAAAUAUUUAGAGUUCGAUGAAUAAAAUGGCUUUAAUAAUAUAUAUUUAACACGUUCCUUAUUUUUUUUAUUCAAAUAUGAAAUAAUAUAUAAUAACAAUAAUUAAAACAAAUACCAACCUUAAGAAUUAAAACAAAAAAAAUCAACGAAAGUAUACAAAAUUACACUAAACAUAAAUAGAAGAAAAAAAUAGUUCAUAUAACUUUUCAAGAUAAAAUUUAUUUUAAAACAAUAAAAUGAGCAAAUAUAUAUACAUGCAUACAAUUUUGAUUCUAAUAAAAUAUUUAAUUUGCUUCGAAAAGGAAUUAUUUGACAAUAUAAAUGUAUAACAAUGUGAAAUGUUUUAAUAAUGUACAUAGUACCUAAUUCGAGAUAUACGUAUAACUGUAAGGAAACAAGAUAUACAAAAACGAUCGAAGUAUUUAAUGGAUAUUAAUCUAAUAAUCAUUCUUGAAUAUUUGCCAUCUAUGUAAAUUGAACUGUAGUAAAAUAUAUAAAUAUAUAUAUAAUAUUUUAUUAAAAGUUGUAACUUUUGUUGUAAAAUUUAAACAAACCUUAAAAACAAAGAUGAAAUAAAUACUAAUCUGAUUAAAAACUAAAAUUUAACGCAUCAUUGUUAUUAUGUUUUACUUACUAACAACGGUUAUGUUAUUUUGUUUACUUUUCUUUUCAAGUUAUUUUUUUGUUUUUUUUUUUAAUGACACAAAUACUUUAUAAGAAAAUGUUUGGUUGCUAAUAUAACCGACGACAAAAAAAAACUAUUUGUAAAUAAUUUAAACAUAAGUGAUAAACUUUUUAUUUUUUAAAUGAAAAUAUCAAGGGAAAACAAUUAUUUAUGUCAAAAUAUAAAAUUAAAUAAAAAAUAAUAACAUCCUCUUCGACUUGAUUUUUUUUUGAAAUUUUAUUUUACUUAUUAAAUUACUGAGACAAAAACAAUCAGAUUUAAAAUUAUCAACCUUUCAACUGAUUGUUAAUUGGCUUAAAUUAUGUUUUUAGGUAUGUAAUAUAUUUAUAUAUUAUACAUAAUAUAUAACAUCAUACAAUAGUAAUUACACUAAUUAAAAAAAAAAAACUUGUAACAGGGUAAAAAAUUGAGGGUGAUACAUUAAAAUUUUCUUUAAACAAAAAACAAAAUUAACUUAAAACCAACGAUAUAAAUUAAAUUUCCUUUGAUUAAUGUUUAAGUGUAUGUACAUGUACUAUUUAAAACCAAAAAUAAAACAAAACUAAAAUACGUAAAAUUUGUACAUUUGAAAUCAAAGAUUUAAACUCAACAUUUUUGUGUGCUUUUUAUAUUAUAUUAUUUUCUUAGAGAAAAGCAAAAAUCUAAAUAUUUUUCGAAGUUUUAAAUUUGUCAUUAUCGACAAAUUCCUAAAUAUAUGUUUAAAAACAAACAAAAGCCAGACGUUUAUUAUAGAAUAAAAUUAGGUAUAAAAUAUUCUUCUGAUUCUGUAUAGAUGGUAAAUAUCGACCCCUCUUUUAAAAUGAGUGUUUUCAACUUAAAAAAAAAAAAAAAACAAAAAGUAAACAAACAUUGUGUUCGACGACUACCCUCUUUUUAUUUGUUUUUAGAGUUGAUAUGUGAUUUCGCAAUGUAGAUUUGUAAGGUUUUUUUCGAAACAAAUUAUGGAAAAGUGUGUGGUAAAUUACGAUUAAAAAAUAUUAUAUAUUAUUCUCAGAAAGCUGAAAUAAAUGUUUACAAUCUCACUAAUAAACAGAUACGGUAUCCCCAGUAACAUACAAUUAAAAAAUUAAUGCCAAAAAGAAAAAAAAA